GACACAUUUCUCUCUUCCCAACAUCAUCAUUUCCCAACAAUACGUGAAGGUUUGACGUUACAGCUAUCCCCACCGACUGAAAAAACUUAUGUGCAAAGGCAACUAGAUCUUAAAUAUGCAAUGCCUUAACCUUAUUUUCAUCACUAUUUCUUCUAAUUGAAUAGGAAUUUCGGAGUAGAAUCUCUCAUUAUGAGUUCUUCCAUCUCAUCUCACUCAUCUUUGUCUCUCAAUUUGGAGGACAAUGGUGUUUACGUGCUUGAGAAACGGAGCGGAGUUUCCUUCCCUUCUAUCUUAGGCCCUUCUCUCAAACUCUGUGGAGUUGGCUUGCGCAAAAAAAGCCUUAUUCCAUUCAUCAGCUUUGAUGUUUAUGCAUUUGGUGUUUAUGCUGCUGAUGAGGACAUAAAGCAAUAUCUUUCUUGGAAAUAUAGGAAGUUUUCUGCGUCCAAAUUGCAGGGUAAAAAGGAGUUCAUUGAUGACCUUAUGGAAAGUGAUAUAUUUAUGGCCAUUAGACUUCAAAUUAUCCAUGGUGGAUUGAGCAUUCCUAAGGUGCGAAAUGUAUUUGAAGAGUCUGUGGGAAGCAGGCUGCAGAAGUUUGGGGGAUCGGACAAUAAAGAAUUGCUUCAAAGGUUCACUUCACAGUUUAGAGAUGAAUACAAAAUACCUUGUGGAUCUGUGAUUCAUCUCUUAAGAGAAAAGGGUCAUGUUCUUCACACAUUGAUUGAUGGACAGGAAGUAGGAAGCAUCCAGAGCAAACUCCUAUGUAAAUCAAUUCUAGAUUUAUAUGUUGGGGAGGAAGUAUUUGAUGAACCAGCCAAAGAAGAAAUUGAGAACAAUGUGGCUACAUACCUUAGAUGUUGAAUGUUUAACUAAGAAUCUUAAAUAAGACAUUGAUUCUAUAUCCUUGAAUUUCAAGAUUGCAAUAUGUAUUUAGUUAUAUUUCUAAUAACUAUCUUACUCUGAUAUAUUUUUAGAGUAGUACCUAUUAAUUCUGUCCUAUUUAAUUUCUUAUACAAAUUAUAUUGA